UGCUGUAUUUUCUUUUACGAUCGAUAGCUUCCUUUGCUUGGUCCGGGCGGCUGCUGAACUGCGGAGUGGCGUGGACCUCAUGUAGAAAUGACAAUGGAAGGGGCCGGCGGGUCGAGUUUUGGAAUAGACACGAUUUUGUCCAGUGCCAGUUCGGGCAGCCCGGGCAUGAUGAAUGGAGAUUUCCGCCCGCUUGGUGAGGCCAGGACCGCGGAUUUUAGGAGUCAGGCCACCCCGUCCCCUUGUUCGGAGAUUGAUACCGUAGGAACGGCGCCUUCUUCUCCUAUCUCGGUCACCAUGGAGCCUCCUGAGCCGCAUCUGGUGGCAGACGGGCCCCAGCAUCAUCACCACCUCCAUCAUAGCCAACAGCCGACGCCACCAGCCUCCUAUCUCGGGCAAAGUUUGCAGCCUUCACCCCAACAGCAGCCGCCGCCGCCAGCGCAGCAGCCGCCGCCCGCCCAACAGCUGGGCUCGGCCGCCUCGGCCCCCAGGACUGCCUCCUCUUCUUUUUUAAUUAAGGACAUCUUGGGCGACAGCAAACCUCUGGCGGCGUGUGCACCCUACAGCACCAGCGUCUCCUCUCCCCACCACACCCCGAAGCAGGAGAGCAACGCACAGCACGAGAGCUUCAGGCCAAAGCUGGAGCAGGAGGACAGCAAAACCAAACUCGACAAGCGGGAAGAUUCCCAGAGCGACAUCAAAUGCCACGGAACAAAGGAAGAAGGAGAUCGGGAGAUUACCAGCAGCCGAGAGAGUCCCCCUGUGAGAGCCAAGAAGCCUCGCAAAGCCAGGACGGCUUUCUCAGACCACCAGCUCAAUCAACUGGAACGCAGCUUUGAGCGGCAGAAGUACCUGAGUGUGCAGGACCGCAUGGACCUGGCGGCUGCCCUCAACCUCACUGACACUCAAGUCAAGACCUGGUACCAGAACCGCAGGACCAAGUGGAAGCGGCAGACCGCAGUGGGCCUGGAGCUGCUGGCCGAGGCGGGGCCCCGGUUGCAGCGGCCCCUGGUUCCGCGCGUGCUCAUCCACGGCUUGGGGCCUGGGGGACAGCCUGCCCUCAAUCCCUUGUCCAACCCCAUCCCAGGCACCCCGCACCCCCGGUGAAGAACGAGCAAGGCAUUGUACUUCCUCCCCUGUCCCCUGCCCUGACCUGGACAGCUGCCCCUCGGCUCCCGCACCAGGCCACCAGGCCUCCCUUACAACCGGCCAACCCUGGGAGGCAGAAGAGUAAGAGAUGAAGACGCUCAUCAGUGGGUGGGGGCCCCAAAGAGGAGCCAACCCUCUGCUUUCCACCUCCCCACCCCCAGAGACAGGGCUGGAAAGCUCCCCUACAACAGUGUGACUGGCGGAAAACGCUGACCCCACACAAAGUGCGACCAGUAAGUGGAAACAUCAACAAAAACAAAACCUCAAGUUCUUUUUAAAAAUGACUCUA